ACUCAUCGUUAAACUGUCAAUCGAAGAACACUAGACAUAAAUCAUCUUGACUACCAUGUCGUCGAAUAGCUACAGCUUCAGCUCUUCUACAAUGUCUUUCUCAUCUUCUACUACUCGCAACGGGCAGACCACUGGGUCCCGCUACGCCGAGCAUACCGCAAGUGACCCAUCGGGCACCACCACUCACACUGCGUCGCAACGUAUCGGCGAGCCCCUCCAUCAUGAGCGCCGCGAUUACGAUGCUUCGGGUCGUCUGGUUUCUUCCUCAGACCGAGCCCUAAACGGGAGCGGUAUAGAUCCAGACCGCCGUAUUGAGGAUGUGUCUGACGAACAACGGGAAAAUGACAAACUCUAUGAAGAGCGCAUCGAGGAUGAGUAUGCGAAGAGAGAGGGAGGUGCAUGAACUAGGAGAUUGGUUAAGGGGGUAGAAGAUAGCAGAUCAUGUAUACUUGGACAUAAUGGAUUUAGUCUUUGAACAAGAAUACGGCUUCUUUAGUGAUAUAUGAUAUAUAUGUUCAAUCUGGUAGAUUUAAUGAUUCGUAUUUGACAUCGUUAUUUUAUGAGGUUCUGCGCAGCUUUAUUUAUUUGAGUAGAAGUUAUGUC